AACACUAUAUACGUAUAAACUCUAGUUAUUUAGUUGAUGUUAACUUCGAAUAUAUAUUAUUGUUACAAAAGCUUUCGAUUUCGACUUCAUUCACUAUAAUAAAGAUCUUUUCUAGUAAUUUAUUUUAAUUCAGUGAAGUAGUGAUUUUUUGUGUUUAUUUUUUUGUGUGUUUUUUGUGAAUUUCGAUAAAAUGACGGGCAGUAUUAAACCAGAAAUUAAAGACAAUUAUUCAUUUUAUUUAAGACCUGAAGAGAGAAGUUCAUGGCAAACGUUUAGAGAAUUCUUAUGGGAUCCAAAAGAGAAAAAAGUUUUUGGGCGGACAGGAUCCAGUUGGUCAAAAAUUGGCCUAUUUUACUUAAUUUUUUAUGGAUGUCUAGCAGCAUUAGUAGCAAUAUGUAUGUGGGUAUUCUUCCAAACAUUAGAUCCACGUAUACCAAAAUGGCAAUUAGAUGAAUCACUCAUAGGGACAAAUCCAGGACUUGGUUUCAGACCGAUGCCUGUAGAAGCGGCAGUUGGAUCUACACUUAUUUGGUAUAAGGGCACAAAAGUGGAAAAUUAUCAAUAUUGGAAAGAUUCGUUAGAGAAAUUUUUAAAAGUAUAUAAGCAGCCGGGAUUAAAUCCAGGACGAGGUCAAAAUAUUUACAAUUGUGAUUACGAUCAAUUACCACAAAGAGGUCAAGUAUGUAAUGUGGAUGUAAAUAGUUGGGCACCAUGUCAUGUAGAAAAUGAAUUUGGAUAUCACAAAUCAUCACCAUGUAUUUUCUUAAAAUUAAAUAAAAUUUAUGGUUGGAGGCCGGAAUUUUAUAACGAUACAAAUAAUUUAGAUGAGCGAAUGCCAAAAGCAUUAAAACAAUACAUUAAAACUGUUCCAUCAAAAGAGUUGAACACUAUUUGGGUUAGUUGUGAAGGUGAAAAUCCAGCUGAUAAAGAAAAUAUAGGACCAGUUCAAUAUUAUCCACGACAAGGUUUUCCUGGCUACUUUUUCCCAUAUGAAAAUUCAGAAGGAUAUUUAAGUCCCUUAGUUGCUGUACAAUUCACAAGACCAAUUCCUGGAAUUUUAAUCAAUAUCGAAUGCAAAGCAUGGGCGAAAAAUAUUCAUCAUGACCGUCACGAUCGAUUAGGUUCCGUACAUUUCGAGUUAAUGAUUGAUUAGAGUAAACAUAAAAAAUGCCUAUUGGGUGUUUGUUUAUUGAGUACCUAUACGUGUCUUAAAAAAUUUGCGUUUAAAAAAAAAUUGAGAAAGAAAUCUCAUGUAUU